AUGGCUGUCUGCAAGUAUUCCAUUCCUUCAGAAGAGUGCACGGUGUCGACUUGUUGUCUGAUGCAGGCUUCCAUUCACUACUUGCCGAAUCUAAGUGCUAACGCAACGUACCUGGCCAUCUUCUCCGCCCUUUUCGUUCUUCAAGCCAUACUAGUCCUGACGUACAGGACGUGGAAAUUCUCAAUACCCAUGCUGUGUGGAGUCUUGCUGGAGAUGGUUGGCUAUGCCGCUCGUUUAUGGAUGAGGAGCGAGAUCUUCCAACCCAACCCUUUCAUUCUUUAUUUGAUCACCCUGACCAUCGCUCCUGCUUUGAUAUCUGCCUCAAUUUAUCAAUCACUUGGUGUCGUCAUCACCAAGCGCGACCCGCUGAUCUCACGCAUCAAGCCAACAAACUAUACUCCGAUCUUCGUGUCUUUCGACGUCGUCUGUCUCAUCUUACAAGCGGCGGGUGGGGCCUGGGCUGCGGAAGGUGUUCGCGAGGAGGACCGCCGAAAAGUUCCUACUGGUACACAUAUCAUGCUUGGUGGGCUUGCGUUGCAGGUCGCUUCUUUGGCUGCGUUCAUGGUGCUGAGCUCUGACUAUGCGGUCCGAUAUUGGAAGAAGCAUUAUGCAGGCACGCAAAAAGCUCGGGCAUUGGAUGACAGUUAUAGCGAGGAAGAUCGGCACGUUUCGCCCGUUCAGAAUUUCAGUUUUGGCCUCGGGCUUGCUACAGUUACAAUCUCUAUCAGAUGUGUCUUUCGUGUUGCGGAACUCCAGGGAGGAUUCGGCGGACGUCUGGCAAACGAUCAGGUCUUGUUUAUGGUUUUCGAGGGCCCCAUGAUCAUCAUCGCUGUGGCUGUUCUGACACUUUUCCAUCCUGGUCGUUGCCUCCGGGUUCAGCCGGAAGCGCUCACGGCCCAGUCUCCAGAGCAGAAGCCUACGAGAAGUGUCUCAGUGGAAGUCACUGAAUAUGACAAUUCUGCAGUGUUCAGGCCGUUGGGGUCAGCAUUCGGAUGA